CACACCUUUGUCCUAAACCUUAGCCCUAACCCAAAAACAGCACCUAUUCUUAAUGGGCUUUGGGCCCCAUAAGGACCAGUUGGUCCUCAAAGCAUAGCAUUUGUUGGAAAAAUGGUCCUUAGACUGUAUCAAAUACAUGAACACAUACACACACUCACACAGACACACCCACACCCACACACACAUACAGAUACUUCAGCCGGGAUAAUCCUGGACGUUGAAACAGCGUGCUGAUACAGUAUAGAUGAAUCCACCCGGGCACAGUGCCAUCUUUGUUGCUAUGGCAACAACGUCAGGCCUUUCAACAAGUCAGAAGGGUCAGAGGACAGACAGUUCUGAUAAUAAAUCCUUACUGAAUGUGAACUUUGUUGCUCCUUCUUCUCUUUUUCUCCUCUCAGCCCAUCCCAGAGUGACUUUGCAGCUUCAUGAUAACCAAUGAAAUUAAAAACUUUUUUUUUUUUUUAUGGGAAACUGAAGGAUAUAGUUUGAUAGGAAUCACUUCCACUGGUACCAGAGAAGAAGGAAUGAACAGUCUGGGCCAACAGAGAAAAGGCUGUUUGUCUGCAGUGAUUCAGUCAUAUUGUCUAAAGUAACAUCCUUGUUUGCUGUAUGAUGAACCUCCUUAUGUGUUUAGCCUGUCUGCUCCUGGCUCUAACUGCGGUCGACAGCCGAGCGCUUAUGCAGAGCCGCAUAAUCGGCGGCCACGUCGCCGCACCGAACUCCAUCAAAUACAUGGUGUCUCUUCAGAGAACAAGCCGCCAACACUUUUGUGGGGGAUCGCUAGUUCACAGGUACUGGGUUCUGACUGCAGCGCACUGUAACAUCGGGGCAGAUCAGAUGAUGAUAGUGGCAGGUGACUACAAAGUAAAUAUCUUCGAGGGUACUGAGCAGUAUGCUAAACCCCACAAGCUGGUCAUUCAUCCCUCAUACAACAGCAGCACCAACAACGCCGAUAUCAUGCUCAUCAAGUUGCGUGCCCCUAUGGUCCUGAACAAGUUUGUGUCACUGGCGCCUCUACCCAGACAGGGGACAGGCGUGGUCGAAGGCCACCUGUGUCAGGUGUCUGGAUGGGGCCACGUUGGGGUGGGUGGAGGACAGGUGCCUGUUAAGCUCAGGACAGUCACAGUGCCCAUUGUUUCAGCCGUGAGAUGCAACGGCAGCGACUCCUUCAACGGCAACAUCACGGCGAACAUGAUCUGCGCCGGCUACCCGUCGGGAGGACAGGACGCAUGCAAGGGAGACUCAGGCGGGCCGCUGGUGUGCAGGGGCCGGGUGUACGGCAUGGUUUCAUGGGGCAGUGGCUGUGGCGACGCUCAGUUUCCAGGGGUGUACACUGCUGUGUCCAGGUUCCGCCGCUGGAUAGAUCAAACCAUCUACGGGCCACACCUGCGCUGUUUCGGAUACAGAUGAAGCUCUGAGUAUCAUUUUGUCGUUGUAUCAGUGUAAGAAGAAAUGCACCCUCUGCUCUUCAAUAUUAAAGCUUUAGUAAAAGUCUGUGGAUCCAUUACUGGAUCCCCUGCUGUGCCUCCUACUGUAGUUCACAACCUGUAAGAAAUUGCAGAU